AUGACGUCCGCACAGAACAAUGUGGCCCUGUUAUCUAAUACUUCUCCACCCACCGCUGCACCCGAUGCUCCAGGAGUCAUUGUGAAACACAAAUACGACAAGCCAUCGUUUCUACCUAUUAUACGAAGAGUCCUCGUCCUCGCCGUUGCAUUUGGUAUAUGUCUGUUCCUCGCUGCCACUUGGUUUGCACAGGGAGUAUCCUGGAUCUACGACUCCAACCUCAAUACAUGGCCUAUUAUCGACUGCCCUGGUUUCAUCAUCAAUACGAGGGAUUCCCAUGUGGAUGGCCCGAGGUGCUCCACUAGUAUUGCUUACGCCGACAGCCUAGCCCGAUAUAUAGCAAGUAUUGGCCUCUCGCCCUCCGACAGCCAUCCCUCACAGUAUAAGGGUAAAUGCAUUAUACCUGAUGACUUCGAGGACGAUAUUGUCUGCUAUAAUAGGAGGCCCUGUGAUCGCACUUGUUCUACCUUCCCGAUACCAGGUAGAUGCCCCGAUCCUGACACUCUACCUUAUGUUGAGACAGUGUCCAUAUACAAACAGGAUCUUUGUAUGGUUAUACUUGGUGAUAACCCUUUACCGAUGCCCUUGGUUAUACCUUGCAAAGAAGUCUCUAUUGGUUCCUACUGUGAUUCCUCCUUCAAAGUGACUCCAUCUAAUAUGACUGCCAUUAGAGGUCUCAUCCUCGGCGCAGCCGUUGUUCUAUUCAUAUGGUUCAUGGGCGAGCUUAUUCUGCGUAAUGUUGAUAUUACACUAAGCAAGGAACGUGCCGAAGGUAUGGCACGGCAAGCAGUGAUAUUGCCAGCUAAGAGGCAAGAGCUCCGAGGAAGGCUGGAGGAAAGUAAUGUAUCGAUAUGGGAAGUCCACACCUGGUUGGACCUCAUUAUCUUCAUCGAUGUUAUCUUGGAUACUGGCCUAUUCCUUGCUGCUGCUAUCACAGUCAAGUGGCCCCGUGCUCCAGUAUUCAGUCGUCAUCUACAGGGUGCAUUGGAGUCUGUAGCUAGGCAGACUGAAGAUAACAAUGAUGAUCAUGCUGCUGAGCUCGCGUCAGAAAACUCUGAGGAUAGUGGCUCGUUCUCUGGUAGCAGCACUAGUACUGAUACCCGCAGCCUUUCCUUUGUAUUGAAGCAAUCCCUCACGCAUGACUGUUGCCUCAUGAUAGCAUGUCAUGAAUCUACUAUGACUAGGGAACGAUAUGAGCUAUUCUCUGGAACUCUUAGGGCAGCACUCAUGGUAUUCCCACCGUCUCACAUAUUCGUGUGUGAUAAUGGUAACAGUCCCGAACCUGUCGAUGAUACACAGAUGGCUACUAUAGAGGCCCAUCCUGAUAUCAAUUAUAUUUAUGUGCCUGAGGGUAACAAGACAUUCGCCUUCUAUUGGUGUAAUAAGUUUUGGGUACCCUUCUUGGCGAGGCACUCUAAAGUGCCCAACUUCAAAUACGCUGUAAUCAUCGAUGAUGAUGUACCACUACCCGCUGAUUUACAUAUACCUCAUGAGCAUCUACGCAACCAUCCUGACAUCAAGGCUGUCCACUUCCCCAUCACUGCUACAGCUCCUGAUGGUAGAAGGAAUAUGCUAGUCAGGUGCCAGGACGUAGAGUACAAACUAGCUGCUGUGCAUAAGCUCUUCCAGUCAACUCUCUCACGAUGCUUAUCGUGUCAUGGUGCCAUUGCAUUAUGGGAGCGACGAGCCCUCGAGAUGAUAUUCUAUGAGCAUGAUACCGUCUUCCAUGGGGAAGAUAUGUAUAUGGGUUUAUGCUUACUCCAUCGCCGUGAUGAUUCUAAGAUCAUAUCCUGUGCACAGUCAGUGGUCCCAACAUACGCACCUGCUUCCUUCCCUAUGCUGUUCCGUCAGCGAGUGAAGAGUUGGGAGCUGACGAGUCAUAGGAAGACCUUCACUUAUAUAAAAGAAGUGCUCUCCCCGGCUUCAUUCUGUCAUGCGGCAUCAUUGAUCCUCAAGCCAUACUUCCUCCAGGAGGUCCUCACUAUCCUGCUUGAUUGGUUAAGAACCUUCCUGCUCACUGGUCUCCUCCUUCGUGACUGGAUUGGUCUCCUACUCAUGACAUCAGUUUUCACUUGUCUCCUGUGA